AUGAAGCUUGUCAAUGCAUUUGAUGAGGUUUCUUUGUCACGUCAAGGUAUUAAUAAUUCCCAAAAACGAAAUUAUCAAGAUAGGGUAUACAAUGAUACUGUUCAAGGAUCUGGAUACCCUAGAUAUGAAGAAAACAAUAAACGCCUUCCAACAAUAAGUAACAUUGAAAAUGGAGGUAGAAAUUAUUCUGGAAAUAGUAUGUCUAAUGUUACAUACACAAAACAAUUUAGAACACCAAAAAAUGACAAAUAUACUCAUAGUAAUGAAACAUCUAAAAAAACAGAAAAAUUAAGUGAUGUAUUUACACAAUCUGAUGACACAACUGAAUUUAUUAAAAAUCUUAAAACUGUUAUUGGUUCAAAUAUACCAGAUUUUUUAUAUUAUUUGAUACUUUUUUGUUUAUCUGUAUUUGGUGUUGUUUGUAUUUUAAUAGCCUCCUUCAAUUAUCCAUUUUGUAGAGUUGAAGAAAUGAUCUCAGUUUAUUUGUUAAUAUCAGGACUUUUGACACUAAUAUUUACAAUAACAUUGUCUAUGCAAAGAUGUUGUGUAGAACCGAGACGUCAGGUUCAGUUAAGAAAAAUGAAAACAUUAAAUUCACAUAUCAGCAAUCGGGCUGUUUUGGGUGAAGUAUGUAUAGGUGGUAUUAAUGUUUUACUUUUUAUUGUAAUUGUUGUUUGGACAAUACUAGGAUGUAUAUGGGUAUUUGGAAAUAUUCAAUAUGUUCAUUAUAAUCAAGGAAUGUUUGAACAACAUUAUUGUGAUGCUGUGUUAUAUAGAACGGCAUUUGCCUCCGUAAGUCUACAUCUAAUAUUAUUUGCAUUAUUACUAUUAUCAUUGGCUGGAUUGAUGUGUUAUGGACUGUCAAAAACAAAGUAA